AUGCACGUUGAUCAAAAUGUAUCGAAUCCAAUAUUCCCGAACGCAGAGUACAGUUACUUACAUUUGACUCUUCAGAGACUCCGGCUGAAGAGGGAACCUCAUACACUGGGUUGUUCUAAUUAUGCUAACAGUCAGUAUAAUUUCUGGAUCACAGGUAUGAUCAUGGGGGCUGCAGGAUCAACAGUUUAUUACAAUCUGAGACUCAGACACCCGACUUUAGACAUGCCAUUGAUAGACUAUGACCUCGCUUUGCUCUUUCAGCCCAUGCUCAUGCUUGGUAUAAGCAUUGGAGUUGCUUUCAAUGUGAUCUUCGCCGAUUGGAUGGUCACUGUUCUCCUCAUCAUCCUAUUCAUAGGUACAUCAACUAAAGCAUUAUUCAAAGGCAUAGAGACAUGGAAGAAAGAGACGCUGAUGAAGAAGGAAGCAUCAAAGCAGUUGGAAUCAGAGCCCAAACCAGAUGAUGGUUCUGGAGAGCAAUACAAACGACUGCCCAGUGGUCCAGCUGCUUCAGCAGAUGAAGAGGUUUCCCUGCUGUACAACAUUCGAGGGAAAGAGUUGGCACUGCUCUUGUUUGUGUGGGUUGCUUUCCUUGCUGUUCAGAUCUUGAAGACUUAUACUGUAACCUGCUCUAUCAAGUACUGGGUUCUGAACUCCUUGCAGGUACCCAUUGCAGCCUCUGUUACUAUAUUUGAAGCUGUGUCCUUAUGCAAAGGCACUAGGGUGAUCGCAUCCAAGGGAAAGGAAAUCACAAACUGGAAGCCCCAUAUGCUUUUUCUCUAUUGCUGCUGUGGAAUACUAGCUGGCAUGGUGGGAGGAUUACUUGGACUAGGAGGUGGUUUCAUUCUGGGACCCCUUUUCCUGGAAUUGGGAAUUCCUCCUCAGAGUGUUCAUGGCAAAGGGAAGCCAAAGAAAGAAACUGUAAAGGAAGACUUCAACAAAGCUACCUCAUCAAUUACUGUGCCACUGGAUUUGUGUCAGAUUACUGGACUGAUUAAGGUGGCAAGCGCAACAUCAACCUUUUCAAUGGUUUUCUCAUCCUCCAUGUCAGUUGUACAAUAUUACCUUCUGAAGCGUUUCCCGGUUCCAUAUGCUGCUUAUUUUGUCUUAGUUGCUACCAUUGCUGCCUUUGCUGGUCAGCACGUAGUAAGGAGGAUUAUAACAUUACUUGGCAGGGCAUCCAUAAUUAUCUUCAUACUGGCUUUGACAAUCUUUGUGAGCGCAAUCAGUCUAGGUGGGGUUGGGAUAGCACAGAUGGUUGAGAAGCUGGAGAAUCAAGAGUAUAUGGGUUUUGAAAAUCUCUGUUACCAGUCCUAG